GAGCUUUGUGCAGUAGCAAUGACAGAAAGGAUACUUCCAAGUCCAAAAAAUACUCUGCAGCCUGGUGUUCUUGACACUGGUAAGUGACAGUGAUUUGAGUGGCUUCUGGCUGAGAUGUGAUGAUUAAGCUCAGAUGUGGCAGUGCUGGAGAGGUGUCCAGCCAGUGAGCUAAUAUGUCCCAGGGAGGCCCUUCUUCUCCUUGCCUUUCUUUGAAAAAAGCAACUUUCUCCUUCCCUGCCAGUACUUGUAAAGAAAAGUUGUAGGUAUUUCUUCUCUCGCAAUCUGAGCAGACAGGCUUGGCACCUGCGAGGAUAAAGCAGCCAGCCAGGCUCUGAGCAGUGUUAUAUGUCUCCUACUGUGUUCAGCAUUUAGGGCAAGUUGGAUCCUGGUGAGUCCCUUUUCCAUGCACAGGUGUUCUGCGACAGGUACGUCAGUUCUGAGUUUCUGUGUGGGAGAUGGGCCCUUAGAAGCUAUUUCCUGUAGCUUCUAACUUCUCAAAAUCUAGGAACUGUCCUGGUGGCAGGAGCUACCCAGUCAGGGUACUCAGUACACUGGGCAUAAGUCAGUGCCUUUAGGUUUAACUCCAAGGCUUGGGGAUCUGAUCUAGGGCAUGGGGAAGAUGGCUUCACCAACUCUCAAUUCAGAAUGGACUUCAAGCAAGUAGUAUGUACCAGUCUUCUCCCAGAAUCUGGAUUCUUGUCCUUGUUCCCUGGCCUAUUCAUGCAUAUUAAUUUCUAAUAAGAUGAAAUCUGAAAUUCUUCUUGGGGCAGGGCCAGGAGCUGGUCACAUGACUUCCAGCGAGUCAAGCUUUCUGGUAGUUUUUGAAUGAAGGCACAACCUCUGUCCUGAUUGUUACGUUGCAUUUUCUGGAAGUUUCAAAGUGGGAUUCCAGUGAAUUACUGUUUGGACAUAUUGCCCCGUAAAUAGAUACUCACAGUGCCACACUGUGUGUUUCCCAGUGCUAAAGAAAUGGUGAUGAGGAAAGCUGUGCAGAAGCCCAGAAUAUAUGAGGCUGAUGUGUAUGUCUCAAACACCGAUAGCCAGGUGGCUGUGGAGGCAACCAAGGAUUGUUGGUAAUAACCAAGGAUUGUUGGCAAUAAACAAGGAUUGUUGAUAAUAACAUGCUGUGAGAAAGAAAAACGUGGCUGCAGAAGAGGGCCAUGCAGAGGUAGGGCAGCACUUUUCUGAGACAAACAUCCUUGUUUUAGUUCCUGGAGAUAAGCAAACACAGUACUGCACAAGCACAGGAAUGAGGCCAAGAGGUGGGCAUGGACUGUAGAGGGGUACCCCCAGGACCUACCUACCUACCUUCCUUCCUUCCUCCCUCCCUCUCUCCCUCCUUCCUCUCUUCCUCUUUCUUUCUUUGUCUCUUUCUCUCCUCUUUUUCUCUAUCCCCCUCUUUAAUUCAUCUCUUCCUUUCUAUCUUCCCUUUCACCCUACCCCUUCAUUCAAAACCCAUUGCCAUGUGUUUAUAUAGUAGGUCAGGGACUAAUAUACCAAUUUCUGUGCCAAGUGUGUAAUUUACUCUUAAAACUUUGUGAUUUUUUGCAGACUCUCUGACAUUUGUUGUUCCUUUCGACCACGAGCAUUUACAAAUCUUGGGUGCUCCCGGCCCUUAAGGGAGGGACGGCACAUUUUUGGUAUCAUGGACAGGAUGCCAUGGUUGAAGGGGUCCGUUCAGGAUGUCAUCACUCUACCCUUGAGUUCUGGGCAGGGAGUGCUGGGAUGUGAUCCUGUUAAGAGCCAGGAGGCAUCUGAGCAGCUGUAAACCAAGACUGCGUAGGAAAUAUCAGUGCUUGACUGUUCCCUGAUUUUGGAAAAGUUGAGAGAAUAUAAUGUGUGCCUGACUCCCUCGGGCAUGGAAUGGGCAAAUGGAGAUUUGUAUAGGCCGGAAGCAGUGGUUAAAUCAAUAAAUGUGGUGUUAAGUGAACAAAAGGUACGAAAGGGGAAAGGUAAAGCAGUUUUGUGUGCAAUUUUGGGAGUAGCUUAAAGUGCUGCUCAAAAGGAGAGGUAUGCCAACAAAUGGGAAGAAGGAGAAAUGUUUGGAUCUCUGCAGGAUUUGGUGAAAGGAUUGCAGGAUCAGUUAAGUGAGGAGAGAGGAAACAGGCUUUGGGAACAAGUGUUGCUUGCUGCUAAGUGCGAUUGUGAAAGGGAGUGUAGGCUGCGGGCAGAGGGCCUGUUUGCAGCUCAGCAUGAUCGUGAAGGGGAGAGUAAGGUGCAGGCAGAGGCAUUUCUUGCUGAGCACAGUUGGGAAAAGGAAAAGAGGCUGCAGGAGGAGGCAUUGCUUGCUGCCAAGCAUGAUCAUACUAGGACGCUUCAGGUGGAGCUUUGGGAUCCAUAUAAGAGAGUAAAAUCUUAUGGGAAGGAUUGCAUGAUUUAGCAUCUGGACCAUUUACAGAAAUACUAUCUCACAACUCUGCCUUUUUGUAUCCAGUGAAUGAGUAAAACUAUUAUCCUGACAAAAAGUGACAUGUUACGUUUGCAUUUUAAUCUGUUGACGAGGAAGUAACAUUAUGACCCCUAAUUAAAGCUGAAACCAUAGACGAUGGUCAGGGUCUGCAAACUGCUACUAAAAUGGUGCUGUAUACGGCAACCGAGAUUUCAAAGUUCCAGGAAAAGUAUAGCAGAGUUUUGUGGGAAUCAGAAACUGAAUAUGUGCGAAGAGUGUCCCUGAGGGGUGGUGAUUAAAGCAUGUCAUCUGAGGCAGAGGCCCAAGGAUUCUGGGGGACAGGAGUGUUUCUGGGGGUGAGUGCCAGAACCUCCUCUCUUCCACAGCAGGGCCCACUGACCAACACUGGGGCAUUUGUGCCCUGCCCAGGGUCUCUCUCAGACACAGCCCAGGAGGGCUUGCAGAUGCAGACACGACAUUGGUUGUGGCCUGAAUGUUACAAUAACUCCAGGGCUGAGCUGAAGAAACACCAGGGCAGGGAGAGCAAAUGCAGCUUCUUGCACGUGUGACCUUUUGUAUAGUGUUUAAAAUUAAGAAAAAUCAUGUGCCUAGCUGGUAAGACUCCCUACUUCACAGUCUUUUUGUUGGAAAGCUCUUUUUCAUUUUGUCCCCUCAGCCUCCAUUUCUGCCUACUUGGAACAGAACAGGGUCAGUCUCCUGCUCUGGACAUGCCUCCCUGUCAUCCCUGCUCACUUUAUGGUAAUAUUUAUUUAUUUUGAAAGGGAAAGAUCUCCUCAGUAAUGCAGACACAAGCAUCUUCUGGUUGGUCUCUGUGUUCUUGUGUCUUCCAAACCUUUACUGAGCCUGGAAGUGAUUCCAACUGUUUUGUAGAAUCAUGGAAUAACUCAGGUUGGAAAGAUCCUCUGGCACUUGUGUCACCUGUGCCCUGCUCAGAGAAGGUCUGCUGUGGGUGUUGGGCCAGGUCACUUAGGGCUUUGCCCAGCUGAGUUUGGAAUUGCCUCCAAGGGUGUGGAUUCCAGAGCCUUUGGGCAACCUGCUCUAGUGUUUGACUGCUUCACAGUGAUUUGUCCCCUCGUCAUUGUCAACAUUUUGGUAGAGGGGCUGCAGGGGUGGCCUCUGUGAGGAGAGGCUGGGGCUGCCCUGAGCCAGUCACAGAAUGUGCCGUCCAGAUCCAAAGGACCCAACACAGGACACGUCUGGGCCCAUCCUCAGGGGAGUCUAUGGCACCUCUGGGAAAGUAUCUUAAAGUGAAGGCGGUAAGCAAAAGGAGAAACAAGGCCAGGGUAAGAGGAGAGAGGAGAAGGGGGGGAAAUCAACACUGGAGCAGGAGGAGAGAAGAGAGAAGGGGACAUCUGAGUGGGGGCUGGAGCCAAGGUGCUGCUGGAGCAGGAGCUGAGAGAUGCAGCCUGGAGGAGCUGCUGUCAGUGAAGGAACCAGCACUCGUGUGCUGUCCCCAGUCUCUUGCACUGGCCACCGCCUCAGCAAAGGGGCUGAGCAUGGCCUGGGGGUGAGGGGACUGAGGAGCAAAAAGGUCACUGGGGGGAAGAGGUGUCAGAAGGGAAGCAGAGUUUUUCGUGAGGGUUGGUUGGUUUUUUCAGUCUCCCUCGAUACCAGAAUCUGUAACUAAUAGGCUGUUAAUUGUCAAAUAAAUUCAUGAAAAUUCCCUGAAGGAGUAAACAUUUUUUGUCUGUGACAAUAUCUUACUGGAAUUUCUCUGAUACAAUUUGUGACAGUUGAUUCUUUUCCUUUCCCAGGACAUCUCUGAGAGCAGCCCGGCUGUCUUCCCUGUACCUUCCCAUCACAUGUCUGAAGACAUCAAGAAGAUGCUCCCCACCCUUGGUCUUCAGACUAGAUGUAGCUCCCUUGCCCCUGGUACAUUGGGUGCCCCAGGACCCAGCCAUCAUGGUGCCCCUUCACUGGUCUCACUGAAGACAGCGGGUCAUUUCCAAGUGCAUCCAGGCAGCCCUUGGAAAGUGCUUGUGUGAGAUGCAGUGGACCCUGGCAUAAAAAAAGUGACAUCAAGAAGUCUCUCAUCAUAUUUCUUCCACAAAAAUGCAGCAUCAGGCUUAUUUACUCCGUACAUGUUUAGAAGCUUCCUCAUGAAGUGGUCAGCCAAGUCUCGACAAUCUUCAGGAACUGCCAUUCCUCAAAUGUUCAUUGCUUUCACUUGGAGUGGGAGUGAAGUGACCACCUGCAGGGGUCCAGUGGUCAGCUCUCUGCAGUGCUCCAUUGCCUUUGUUGACCAGAUGUCGUGGUUUAACCCCAGCCAGCAACCAAGCACCACGCAGCUGCUCGCUCACUCUGAACUUCAGCUCAAGUGCAGAGUGAAGUUCCAGGCUGUCCAAUACGGCAGAAAAGAAACAGCAACAACACACUAGCCACCUGCCAGCCCAGGUGCAUCACCAUGGCUGUUAUCAAAACGUUCCCAGGCACAAUUCAGUGAGGUGAUAAGCUGUAUAGCACUACAAAAAGCAGUGAAGGCAAAAAGCAGCCACUAACAAGCACUAGACUCUAAUAUACAGACAGGAAAGCGAGCCCUAUGGCAAGUACAGGAGCCUGCUCAUUACUAGCUAAACAACACUGACAGAUAUAAAUUCAAUCUAGCACAUCCCAGUCAGAUCUGUCAUUAUCUCAAACCCUUUGGGCCCCAUGUUGGGUGCCAAAAAAGACUUGUGAUUUAACCCCAUCCAGAAAUCAAGCCCCAGGCAGCCACUUGCUCAUUUCCCCACCAGCAGGAUCAGGGAGAGAAUUGGAAGGGUAAGAGCUGGAAAACUCAGAGUUGAGAUAAAGACAGUUUGAUAGGGAAAGCAAAGGCUGCACAAACAAGGAAAGCAAAACAAGGAAUUAAUUCACUGCUUCCCACGGGCAGGCACAUGUUCAGCCAUCUCCAGGAGAACAGGGCCCCAUCAUGCAUGAUGGUUACUUGGAAAGACAAGUGCCAUCACUACAGAUGUCCCUUUCUCCUUCUUCCCUGUGUUUUAUGUACUGAGCAAGAAUGUCAUAUGGUGUGGAAUAUCUGUGGAAUAUCAGUUUGGGUCACCUGUCCUGGCUGUAUCUCCUCCCAACCUCCCAUGCACCCAAAACUUCCGUGCCAGCAUGGCAGUAAGAAAAGCAGAAAAGCCCUGCUCAGCAGGAACAAAAAAAUCCCUAUAUUAUCAACCCUGUGUUCAGCACAAUCCAGAACAGAGUCCCAUACCAGCCACUGUGAAGAAAGUUAACUCUGCCCAAGCCAAAACCAGCACACCAGACCUCCACAAACUGUAAAAGACACUUAGACACUAAUCUCCCAUGGAAGCAGAAGCUUAUACUGUCACCAUCUAGAGUGGGUGGGCAGUUCUAGGUAAAGGGGCUUCAAUUUAUAUGUGCCAGAUUUAGUAUUUAAAUCUGCAGUAGACUCAUCUUCAUGGUUCACAUGACUGUCUGCUGUUUCCAUAAAGUCUGUUUAGAAGAAUACUGUCUUCUAAAGGACUGUUCUGCCAGUAAAGCAAAAGUUCAGUUGUUCGGUUUCUCCUGGCUCAUUCUGAAGCUACAGCAUUACAGAAACAAGUUCUUAGGAAAAACCAAAUUUCCACAUCGGAAGAGUAGUGGUGAAUGGUUCAAUGUACAAAUGGAGACUAGUGAUGAGUGGUGUCAGUCAGUGUUCCAAAUUGGGACCAGUACUGUUUAAUACCUUUAUCAGUGGCAUAGACAGUGGGGGCGAGUGCACCUUCAGCAAAUUUGCAGGUAACCCAAGCUGAGUGGUGCAGUUGACAGUCCUUAAAGACUGGAUGUCGUUCAGAGGAAGCUGGACAAGAUUGGGAAGUGAUCUCAUGGGAGUCUCAUGAGGUUCAACAAGGCCAAGUGCAAGAUGGAGUGGGGUAAGUAUCUGGGAUGCGGCAAACCCCGGUACCAAUGCAGGCUGAGGGGGGAAGGGAUUGAGAGCAGCCCUGCCGACAAGGUCUUGGGGUGCUGGUGGAUGGAAACUAACACAAACCAGCAAUGUGUGCUUGCAGCCCAGAAAGACAACUGUAUCCUGAGCUGCAUAAAAAGAAGAGAUAUCAAGUGUGGCCAGCAGAUCAAGAGAGGUGACUCUACUCCUCUACUCUGCUCUUGUGAGGCACCACUGUGAUGGUGUGCUCCCCACCCUGCCUUUGUUUGCUUGAGCAAUAGUGAUGCCUUUGUCUGUCUUACAGAUAACAACAGAAUAGUUAAGGGCCCUAAAUCUUGCUCAAUGGCUAAGGGCAGUAAGUCUUGCUUAACAGCUCAGGGGUAGUUGAGCAUGCAACAACACAAAAUACGGCUGGCAUGUAAGUAUGACUAUAAGUCAACGAUCUUAUUCUAUGAACAGCAGACAGCCCAGGGCCCAUUGAACUGUCCUGCAUGGCAGCAGACUGCAUACCAGGAUCUUCCCUUGAAUAGGAAACACUUCCCAAGGUUACUCCUUGUGGCUGAGAGAUUCCUUGCUGCAACAGAUUCUUGGCGUUAACAUUUUAGCAUGCAUAUUUGAAUGAGAAACUGGACAGAAUCCUAUAUAAACUUCUUCCACAGACCCAGCCAAUUACUCCACCCUACGGGGAAGUUUUAAGCCCAGAAGAUGGAGAUUGAGACUGCAGACGAAGUUGCUAUUGUUGGAAUAGGAUGUAACUUUCCUGGAGGAGAUGGAAUUGACAGUUUCUGGAAAGUGCUGGAGGAAGGCAAAAACUGCACAGUGGAAAUCCCCCCUGAGAGAUUUAAUGCCAAAGAGUGGUAUGAUCCAGAUGAUAACAAGCCAGGAAAAAUAUGUACAACGCGAGCUGCUCUUCUCGAUGAAUUUAAUUCCUUUGACAACCACCUGUUUGGGAUUAAUAACAUGGAAGCUGAACGCAUGGAUCCUCAGCAGAAGUUACUGAUAGAAUGCACAUACAAAGCCCUGGAGGAUGCAGGAGUCCCUGUAGAAGCUGUCAGUGGCACCAAAACAGGUGUUUUUGUUGGACUUAUGAAUCGAGACUAUGAAGUCGUAACAAGCAGAGCAGUGAGUGCAAUAAAUCAUUAUGAUGGUACAGGAACAGCCAUGAGCAUUGCUGCUAACAGGGUGUCAUUCACAUUUAAUCUGACUGGACCGUCCCUGACUAUUGACACUGCCUGUUCAUCUUUUCUUUUUGCUCUGCACUACGCCUUGCGAGCCAUUAAAUCAGGAGACUGUGAGGCAGCAAUCUGUGGUGGGGUGAACUGCAUAAUAGAUCCCCGCACCUUCGUAUCUCUCAGUAAAGCAAAGAUGAUCUCUCCAGAUGGAAUAAGCAAACCCUUCUCCAAAAAAGCAGACGGCUAUGGAAGGGGAGAAGGCUGCGGUGUUGUUUUCCUCAAACCACUGAAAAAGGCAAAGGAAGACUACAGCAAAAUCUGGGGUGUGAUAAACAUCAGUGCAGUAAAUCAGAACGGUAGGUCCACGACUCCGAUCACAAGACCGUCUCCAACAGAGCAAGAGAAGUUACUGCGCAGCAUUUACGGAAGUCGUGUCGAUCCCUCAGUUGUGCAGUACAUUGAAGCGCACGGUACAGGAACUGCUGCUGGAGAUCCUAUUGAGGCUGAAAGCUUAGGUAGUGUCAUUGGUAAAAACAGGUCUUCGCGAGCUUCCAUUCUGAAAAUUGGUUCAGUGAAAGGAAAUAUUGGGCACACCGAAUCAGCUGCCGGAGCAGCCGGGUUAAUCAAAGUGCUUCUGAUGAUGCAUCAUGGAAAGAUUGUUCCAUCCUUGCAUUACUCAAAGGAGAUGAGCAGCAUCGAUACAGAGAAAUUAAACCUUGCUGUUGCCACAGCUGUAGAGCCCUGGGAAGAAUCCAGUGAGUAUGGAAGAGUAGCUGGCAUCAACUGCUUUGGGUUUGGAGGAACCAAUGCUCAUAUUGUAGUGAGGCAGGUCAAGCAGCCAGAGCCUCUUCCUGCCUUUAAGAGGCCCCUUGAAUUAUUUCUGCUGUCAGCAGCAUCAAGUAAGUCCCUUCAGAUGACAAUGGCUGACACAGCUGAGCAGCUGAGCACAAGAAACUCUGUGACUCUCCCAAGCCUGGCCUAUACCUCUGCCUGCAGAAGAAGCCAUGCCAACUACAGGUACCGGAAAGCGUUUGUCACAAAUUCCCUCCAACACUUGCAGCAAGAGCUUAAGUCAGCCAGCACUGACCCUGCCAUGUCCAAGGUGGAACCACAGCUGGUGUUCGUGUUCUGUGGCAACGGUAUAACGCUAAAGGAGUUCAGCGAGGUUCUGCUGAGCUCAGAGCCAGUGUUCAGAGACAAGUGUAAGGAAAUAGAAGACCUUUUUCUGCAACACACUGCCGUCAGCGUCCUGCCAGCAAGGGAUCAUAGCCCACAGGACUUGUUGAAUCCAGAGCUCUCCCAGCCCUUGCUUUUUACCCUGCAGGUUGCCGUAGCUUCCCUCCUGAAGUACUGGGGCAUUAAGCCUGUUGCUGUUGUUGGCCACUCGGUGGGGGAAGUUGCCGCUGCGCAUAUUGCUGGGUACCUUUCCCUGGCAGAUGCAGUCCAAGUGAUUUAUCACCGGAGCAGGCUGCAGGCAAAGACUGCCAGUGGCAGAAUGUUGGUGGUUGGAAACAUCCCCGUUCAAGAGAUUGCUGAACGUCUGCAUCCCUACUCGGGAAAGGUCUGCAUUGCUGCUUUCAACAGCCCAGUUUCCUGCACCUUGUCUGGGAAUGUAGACUCAGUGGAAACUGUCCAGAGAGAGUUAGCUCAAGCUUUCAGACAGAGAAAUAUCUUCCUUCAUGUUUUAAAUGUCCCAGCUGCGUACCACAGCCCCAGCAUGGAUGUGAUACUUGAGGAGCUGGAGGAGAAGAUAGAGCCUUUAGGAAAGCAGAAGGGGGAAAUUGAAGUGAUUUCAACGCUGACGGGGGUGGCUGCAUCUGAAAAUGACUUUGCUCGUGGCAAAUUCUGGGCCCGGCAUACUCGUGAGCCUGUUGCUUUCAGUCAAGCCAUCCAAAGUGCAGCUAGAGACAGGGAAAACGUGGUGUUUGUGGAAAUAAGUCCUCACCGAGCAUUGCAGCGAAGCAUAAAGGAAACUCUAGGAAAAGGCACAAAGGUGUUCUCCUCUUUGGAAACUGAUGCAGAAUAUCAGACACUCCUUACACUGGUAGGAAAUCUGUUUGAACUGGGAUAUAAUCCCAGGUGGCAGCACUUCUAUAAUGGGUAUCAAAGUGUUCCGGUGGCCAUUCCACGCUAUCAAUUUGAUCACCAAAAACUCAUGGCUUUUCUGAAUGCCCAUCAACAAGCAAACCAAAGGGGUGUCAGUGCCAGUCAUCCUUUGAUUUAUGGCAUAAACAGUGACAACAUGGAGUUUGGCUGCCUGCUGUCUCAGGACACAACACCAUAUUUAUACGAGCACAAGAACAAUGGGGUGGCCUUAGUCCCCGGUGCUUUUUAUGCAGAGCUUGGUCUGGCUUCUGUGAUGAGCAGCUCAAGGCCUAAAGUACCUCUGAGUACUUGCCAGCUGAGUAUUGUUUUUUCUGCACCCUGUGUUCUCACUCAGAGUUCCCAAGUGUUGAGUAUCAAGCUGAGUCUGCAAAAAGAUGUGACAGCCUUUGAGAUCCUCUCUUCCUCCAAUGCGGUUUAUGCUGCCGGCCAAGUGGCAAAGGGGCCUGAAGCUGUGGUGGAAGAAAGCACCAUCUCCUUCCAAGACAUCUAUCAAAGGUGCAGAUCAGUGAUUAGCAGAGAGGAGGUUUAUGAAGCACUGUCUCAGGUUGGCUUUCAGUAUGGCUCCAUAUUUAGGCAGCUCAGUGAUGUGCAUUAUUGCCAGGAACUAAAGGAAGCUAUAACAAGCAUAAAGGUGAACAAGGAGACCGUCAGAGAGAUGUACAGCUACUGUAUCCACCCAGUGCUGCUGGACUGUUUUCUGCAGAUGACUGCUGUCUUGACCUCAAGGACAUUCCAGUCCAGAGCAGGUUUUCCUUCAGGGAUAGGCAGCCUGGUGGUGCUCCGGCCGCUGGAGGAAGAAAUGAUGAUAUAUAUGAGAACAAGCAAGUCCACUGGGAACUGCCUAGAGGUCUGUGGAUGCUUUUUGGACAAACAUGGCUCUGUUUUGGCUGAGCUCAAGCACGUUGCCAUCACUUUCAUGAAAGAAGCAUCUUCCAGAGACAACGAGUUCCUGUUUGAAAACAAAUGGAAGGAAGUCUCUCUUUCACGGACAAUUGGACAUCUGGGGGUUAAGCCCAGAGUCCUAGUGUUUGCAGACAAAUUUGGGAUAGCUGAGCAGCUCAAAAAGUACUUGCAUCCUGCUUCAAGAUAUGUUAUGUAUGAAGAUUGGGAAGCCCUCUUGGAAGGCUGCACAAUGAAUAAAAUGAGAGCAGAGGUUGAGGAUUAUGAUGAAAUUCUCUUCCUGUGGGGAAUUCAAAAGUUAAAUGAAGAUUUCCCAAGCAAAGUGGUAGAUCACUUGGCAAAGUGUUGUGAAGCCUAUCGCCAAGUAGUGGUGGCAUUAAGAGAGAAAAUGUCCCGCUGUUCAGUCAGAGUGAUCACCUACAGAACAACAGAAAGAUACGUAGACCAUGUUAACUGUGGGUUUGUACUGUAUGGCAUGACCAGAACUUGCGUUGUUGAAGUUCCAGAAAUCACAUUUCAGUUGAUUGACCUCAGCUCUUGCAGUUCCCUGGACAUCUCAGUGCUAGCAGAUGUUCUUGUCAAAUGCAGAGGUGGGGAUUAUCCAGAAGUUUGCAUCAGCCAAGGAAGAAUUUAUGUGUCUGAAAUCAGACACACACCUUUUAUAGAUGCAGAUUACAUCCAACCUGUAAGAUCUCUCCAGAAGUCACAGACGUUCACUUUGUACACGUCUGAUCCGUACACAGCGAAAGACUUGUCUGGUGAACUAUCCACCAGCACUGCUACUCAGCUUGACAAACAGAGUGUUGAAAUUCAAGUGGAUAAAAUUUGUGUUCACUCAGAAGAUUAUUUUCCCAUUAGUGUUUCUAGUUGCAACUUUGGUAAUACACUGUAUUGGAACUCGCAAACAGGAGACAAACACAGACUUUUAGCUCUUGAUUUCAGUGGCACAGUAACAGCAACAGGAACUGAUGUGAAAAAAGUGAAAGUGGGAGAUCACGUGGUUUCAUGUUAUCCCACUGCUGCAUCAUCCAGGGUUCAGAUUCCAGGAAUAGUUUGUUUCAAUGUAAAGAAAUUCCCAUUCUUCCAGAAUGUCCCUUGUGUGUCCUACUUCAUCAUUGCCUGGGAAAUCUUCACUCAGAGAUUACCCAAGGGGAAACAUGGCAGAACAUUGGGGAUUAUUACUACAGAGCCAUUAUCGGUUUUGUGCCAUGUUCUUUGUGCAGCAGCAGAAGAGAUGGGUUGGAGAACAGUCCUUGCGAGGCCCACUCCUGAUAAGUUCCAGUAUAUAAACCUGUGCAAUGCUCUUGUUGUUCUUCCUCCUGUCAACAGACUGUCUUGGGAGGAUCUGGCCCACAUGUACUUUCUUAAAGAUGUGGUGAUCGUGUGUGGCAAUCGACAGUCUGAAUGUAUGCAGAAUGUCAGUGAAAUUGGUCAUGAAAACAUCAGCUUCCACAUCCUUACCCUUGCCAGCGUUUUCCAGAAAGCACCUCUAAAGGAAUUGCAGAAGACUGUACAUGUCUGGGUCAGUUCCGUGGAUAUGAAACGGUUUAGACGUCUCUCAGGUUCCGUUUUUCAGCAGACGGAGAACUUUGAAAGGCUAAACUCUGUGAUAUCCUAUUUCACGUGCACUUCUGUCCCCCUUGCUGUACUGAGAAGGCAGAAGGACAUCAGCAUGCUAUCAGACAUACCGUUGUACGAACCCCAGAAGCAGCUGUUUAAGCAGAAUGCUGUUUAUGUAGUAGUGGGAGGGCUCACUGGACUCGGCUUUGAAACGGUGAAAUUCAUAGCCGAGAAUGGAGGAGGGUGUAUUGCAAUACUCUCCAGGAGAAUUCUGAGCAAUGAGAAGCAAGAAGAGAUGAAGGCUUUGCAGCAGCAGUACAAAGGGAGCAAAGUAGUGUUUGUGCAGUGUGACGUGACUUUGACCGGUGAUGUUGAGAAAGCUUUCAAGUCCAUUGCAAACACCUUUGUGGGGAGUCCGAUCAAAGGUGUAUUUCAAGGUGCUGUUGCUUUACACGAUGGCCACCUUGAAGUUCUGACUUUGGCUGACUUUCAGAAAGUGCUGAGUCCAAAAGUAGCAGGGACUCUAAAUCUUCAUUGGGCUACCAGAGGCCAGGAGCUUGACUACUUUGUGUGCUACUCCUCUGUUGCUUCCUUUCUGGGCAAUGCCACCCAGACAAACUAUGCAGCUGCAAACUCUUUCCUGGAUCUCUUCUGCCUCUACAGGAGGAACCGUGGGCUUUCAGGCCAAUCCAUUAACUGGGGUGCUUUGAACCUUGGCAUUCUGCUCAAUCAAAACCACAUCCAGAGCAUUCUGAGAUCCAAGGGCAUAGACAUUCUGCAAGUGCAUGAAAUUCAUGAGUAUCUCAGGAAAAGCUUACUUACAAAUAACCCACAGCAAGCUGUUGUCAAAUUGAACUUUCAAGCUUUAUAUCAUCAUGUUUUUACUCAAAUAAGUUCACUCAAAACUCGCUUCAUAUCACUUAUGUCAGAAGAUUUCAGGAACAAGCUUGAAACCCCUGAGGAAACUCAAGUCCCAGAUACUGCCUAUCUCAAAUCGGAAGACUACAUCACCUCCCUGGUGAGUGACCUCACUGGACUGAACCCCGAGGAACUAACCAUGAAUACACCACUUUCAUCUUUGGGCAUAGACUCUAUGUUAGCUAUGACAAUUCAGAACCGUGUGUUUCAAGAGAGAAAGGUGGACAUACCUCUUCUGAAGCUGCUUGAUCCUCACACAACUCUAUCAAGUUUAGUGGUAGUUUUAGAAGAAACAAGCAAUGCAAAUGGAGUAGUUGAGAAGAAGAACGGUGCGAUCGAAAGUGUAGAAAAUGAGAGCCGGCUGUAGGAAUCUUGUGCUCCAGGAAUUGUGUAACUUUGAAGAUACCCAGACCUUUGUAGCAUCUCAGAAUACGUCGUUGCAGAUGGGGUAGAACAUCUGGUGAUGCUGAAUGUACUCUUUUACAAUGAUUCAGGAGACUCCACACCAGGUUCUUCUGUCAUUGCAUUAGCUGUAUUAAUCUCAGUCAAUUGUUUGCCUUGUUACGUUUAGUAUUUUUUUUACCUUGAUUUUCAAUAGUUUUAGCUGGAAAUAAGUCGAGUAAUAGCUACACACAUUUUCAUUUGGUGAAUUUGUGUGUUUAAUGCACAUUGCAUUUUUUAAACUAUUCAAAUUAUGAUUGUAUUUGUAUGUUUGUAUCUCUAAGUGGUGACUAUACAAGUAAAACAGCAUAAAAUUGUCAACAUUUUUGUCAUUCUGUGUUCUUAAUUUAUCACUUUUUUUAGUAUUAUCAAAUGUUUAUAAAUACAGUGUGUUUUUGAAAGACUUAUGAUGUUAUGAGUUUCAAAAACCUAAUGUUUUCUUCAAGUCUUCAAAAAUAUUAACAAUUUACCAGUUGCAAAGCAUACAGUAAAGCAAAUGUUUUUCUUUAUGAAUUAACUGAUUUUUAUUAAAGCCCAAAUAAAAAAGAAUAUUAA